AUGACGAAAGCAUCGGUAGACAAGACAGGAUGGAUCGACUGGCAAAACAGUGCCGCAAAGGAAAUAAUGGAGGAAGAUAUGGAUCGUGGGGGCUGGCUAUAUGGCGAUAUGGAGGAUCUUUCAUCGGAAAUAAUCUUCAACAUUUACAAGGAAACACAACCUGAAUUUGAAGACGUCGUCUUUUCUCAGUUUCAUGCCCGCUAUGACAGUGCUUCAAAUAGGGGCAAGAAGAGGAGAGCAAGAUGUGAACAAGAAGAGGCUUGGAUGAAGCAUGAUAGGAAGAUUCAUCCUGUGAGGACCCACAAUGCUAGGGGCGAGCUGAAAUUCCACCUCACGGAUGCUCACCAACUCCUACGAGAAGAUGUAGCCAAUGGAGACGACAUAAAACAGUCAAUACUCAUGCUCUGGGGAUCUCGAUUGGAAUACUUGGAUUUUGAUUAUGACGUCUUUCGGCGAAGAGUCUAUCAAGAGAGGAAAUUUGUGAAACUGUGCAACUACAUGGACCACAAAAGGAAUGAAAAGAGACGGCUAUUCGUGGAAGCCAAACAGAAGGAACUUGCAACAAAAGAGAAGCAACAAGCCAAGCAACAAGAGAUGGAACAUACUCGACUCUUGAAGGAUCUAGAGAAAAGGGAGAAGCAAGAAGAAAAGGAGCGAAAGAAGCUUGCCAAGGAGCACGAGAAAAGGGAGAAGCGAGAAGCAAGGGAACGGAAGAAGCAUGCCAAGGAGCAAGAAAAGAGGGAGAAGCAAGAAGAAAGGGAGCGAAAGAAGCUUGCCAAGGAACAGGAGAAAAGGGAGAAACAAGAAGAAAAGGAACGGAAGAAGCGAAAGCGCGAAGAAGAGAUGAGGGAGAAAAGUAUUGAACAAGAUUCCAAACGGAGGAAGAAGAGCUUACGAUCGGCAUCCAACAAGACUGCUCAGCAGAAGAACAAGAAAGUAUAG